AUGGCCAAAGACGAAGAAAAAGUCGUUGUGGGCGAGGACCCUUCCUCCCCUCCGGAAGUCGCGCCCCUCGAGAACCUUGAGAAAAGUCGCUGGGAGCGCAGUUGGCCGACUAUUGCGUGCGGCGCCGGUCUCUUCUCUGAUGGCUACCUCAAUGGUGUUAUCGGUUCCGUCAACACCAUGCUGAGCAUGAUCUACGCGGAUGCAUAUACCAAAUCCUCCGCUAGCAAGAACGUCUCGUCCAUCGCCUUCGCCGGCACUGUCGUCGGCAUGCUGUUCUUCGGUGUCAUGAGUGAUCACUGGUCUAGGAAAGGUUCUCUACUGGUCUCUACUUUGGUCCUCAUUCUGUUCGCUAUUCUCUGCACCGCCGCAUAUGGCUACCACGGAAGCACCUACGGCCUCUUCGCGGCACUCGCCGCUUAUCGAUUCUUCUUGGGUAUUGGAAUCGGUGGAGAAUACCCCGCGGGAUCGGUUGCGGCCGCGGAGAGCAGUGGAGAACUGAAGAAGGGCCAUCGCAACCGCUGGUUCAUCAUGUUCACCAAUUUGCAGAUCGACUUUGGCUUUGUUACGUCCGCUUUCACGCCGAUGAUAUUGGUCUUGAUUUUCACCGAACAACAUCUUCGAGCAGCCUGGCGCGUGGCUUUGGGCCUCGGCGUCAUUCCUCCGCUCAGCUUGCUGUAUCUCCGACUCAAGCUCAAGGAGCCGGAGGAGUUUAACCGCGAGCGCAUGCGCAAAUUUCCUGUUUGGCUGAUAAUCAAAUUUUAUUGGAAGCGCUUGGCUGUUGUGUCUCUUAUCUGGUUUGUGUACGACUUCUCCGCGUACUCCUUCAGCACUUACUCCUCCGCUUGGCUCGCCAUCAUCCUUGGUGAUGAAUACCCGCUGUGGAAGAGCUUUGGAUGGAACACGGUGAUCAACUUGUUCUACAUCCCCGGGUCCGUCGCCGGUGCUUUCGCCAGCGAUUGGCUGGGUCCACGCAAGACUCUGGCAAUUGGCGUCGGCCUCCAAGGCGUCAUUGGCUUCAUCAUGUCCGGCUGCUACCAGUACUUGAACACACCUCAAAACGUUGCCGCAUUUGUUGUUGUCUAUGGAAUCUUCCUCGCCCUCGGUGAGUUCGGCCCCGGCGAUAACAUCGGUCUCUGCGCCGCCAAGACAAGCGCCACCUCUAUUCGCGGCCAGUACUACGGCAUUGCCGCAGCAUUUGGUAAAAUAGGCGCCUUCGUCGGCACGUACAUCUUCCCCAUUAUCCAGGACAACGCCCCCAACGCGAUCCGACGUGGCCAAGACCCGUUCUUCGUCUCCAGCUCCCUAUGUAUCUUUAGCGCUGCCCUUGCGAUCUUCUGUCUUCCUCAUAUCGGCCAGGAUACCAUUACCGACGAGGACCGUAAAUUCCGGAAGUACCUUGAAGAGCAUGGGUAUGAUACGUCUACUAUGGGGCAAACCUAG